AUGUUUGAACUCGGUGCAGACAAUAAGCCGGGAUACUCUCUGAAAGAGCAAGCGAAGCUUCUGGUAGACGAGCGAACUAAACAGGGCUACUCUGGCCUCCGCAUGGGUUUUUCUGCCAAUGCAGGUAGCAACAAUGCUACCUACGGCAGUGACGAACACAAGUGGUAUGCCGCUAUUCUCGACAGGCUUGCAGAGCAGGGAGCUGAAGCUCUCAACAAAGAGGUGCAGCAGAAGCGUGCCUAG